UUUAGCUAUUCAGAUAUUACGAGCUGAUCCUCGUAUUGUUGUCCUUGGACUAUGCAUAGCUUCUUUUGAAGCAUCAUUAUUUUUAUUUAUUAUGAACUGGACACCAGUUCUCGAAAGAACUAGAAGUUCAACUGAUCAAAAUCCAUUACCAUUAGGUUUUAUUUUUGCUGGUUAUAUGGUAGUAACGAUGAUUGGUUCAUUUGUUUUCUAUUCUCUUGCUAAAUGGAUUCGAGUUCAAUCAUACAUGAUAGUAGUUUUUCUACUAGCUGCAAUCGGAAUGACAAUACCAAUUAUAUUUCCAGAGUCAUUAAUAUCAGUUUUAAUUGGUUUUAUUCUAUUUGAAUUUUGUGUUGGUAUUUAUACUCCAUCAAUAACUGUAUUCAGUAAUACAUAUAUUCCAAAUGAAACUCGAUCAACAAUACUCUGUUACGUACGUGUACCUCAAAUGAUUAUACUACUGAUUGUUUUAUUAACUCAUUUUUCAAUAACUAUGACAUUGGUACUUUGUGUAUUACUUAAUCUAGUGGCUAUGUUAUGUGUGAUUAUAUUGCGACGGUUGAAGUUACCGGAAGAAGAAGUAUAUGUAGACGAAACAGAAAUACUUUUAGAGAAAUCGUCAUCACCUGUAAAUGGAUCAUUUUCUUCGGCAUCACUAACUCUUCAACAUUCAGCAAAAUCUAAAGACGAAAAUUGA